AUGACCUUAGAUAAUGAAUACAAUUUGCUUCUUUCCGCUUUUGAUGUUACUGAUGUGGAAUGCAUUAAAUUUUUAUUAGAAACUGAUAUCGAGAAAGAUUUCAUCGGUUAUUUAGAUCAAAAUAUUCUUCAUUUAGCCGCUGAAACUCGAUUACCAUGGCAUGUUUAUCUAAUUUUAUUGGGAAAAGUUAAAAACAUUAAUCAAAAGAGCAAGUCAGGACACACGCCAUUGAGCAUGGCUGCCGGUGACCUGAAUAUCAAUUUGGUUCAACUUUUAUUAGAUAAGGGAUGUGACGUCAACUCCAUGGAUAAUGAUGGCGGAAGUGCUCUCUUAAAGAUAGUUAGGAGAAAUCAUGUUGACUUGACAAGAGCAAUAUUAAAAGCGGGGGCAAGACCCGAGGUACUA